AUGUAUUUCUGUUAAAUCAUUAUAUUUUAGUUAAAUAAUUUUUAGUAUUUGUUGUAAUAUUUAUAAAAUAAAUAAAUAUAUAAAUUGAAUACUAAGUAUAUUUAUUUGUUGGCCAUGACAUAUUAUUGUGAAAGAUAAUUAAUAUCUUGUAGUUUUGAUCAAUUUAUUAUUAAGAAUCAGUAGAUAUUUUGACAAAUUCAAAUGUUACGAGUGAAUCAAAAUGAGUAAUUUUAAUUCUAAUUAUAAGUUUUUGGACAUGUUUAAUAAAAGAAGAACAAUAUUUUAUUUUGGUUUUUUCACAUUACUAAUUUUUUGGUUCAUUGGAAUUCGAAGUAGAGAUGCAUCACAAUAUCAAAUUUUAAAACAGACAUUGGAACACACUAAAGAAGAAUUGAAAAUCAAUUCUAUAAAUUAUAAUAUUUUAAAAGAAAGAUUUGAAAGUAUAUGUGAUAAAUGGCAACCAAACAUUCCAGUUAUAUAUGCCAUCACACCUACUUACAAAAGACCUGUACAAAAAGCUGAACUAACAAGAUUGUCUAACACUUUUCGUUUAGUAAAUAAUUUCCAUUGGAUUAUUGUUGAAGAUUCUGAAAUAAAAACAUCACUUGUAGCCAAUUUGCUGCAUAAAAGUAAUUUAAAUUACACUCACUUAGCCAUAGGAACACCAGCUGAAUGGAAGAGAAAAUUAAAAGAACCUAAAUGGAAGAAACCUAGAGGAGUUAAACAAAGAAAUAAGGCUUUAGAAUGGUUAAGGAAUAACAAGGCUAAAGAAAAUGAUGAGGGGAUAAUUUUUUUUGCUGAUGAUGAUAACACAUAUAGUGUUGAUUUAUUUAAUGAAAUGCGAACAGUAAAAGGUGUUGGUGUAUGGCCAGUUGGUCUUGUUGGUGGUCUUUUAGUAGAAAAGCCAUUAAUAAAUAGUAAAGGUAAAGUAAUUGGUUGGAAUAGUGCUUGGAGACCAGAACGACCAUUUCCCGUUGAUAUGGCAGGUUUUGCCAUUAAUUUAAAACUUUUACGUAAACGCCCUAAUGCUGAAUUUUCGUGGGAUGUCAGUCGAGGUUUCCAAGAAAGUGCUAUACUUUCACAGGUAACUACUGUAGAACAAUUGGAGCCUAUGGCAGAUAAUUGUACUAAAGUGUAUGUGUGGCAUACCAGAACUGAAGAACCUAUACUAAAAGCAGAAGAAAAACUUAAAAAUCGUGGACUUCGAUCAGACAUGAAUAUUGAAGUUUAAUCUCAAUCAGUGAUGCAAAAAUCAGGUGUUUUAUUUGUGUAUAAUUAUUUUAGUCUUUAAAUAAUCUUGAAAGAAUCGCUGCUCAAAUGAGAAAUUAAAACCAAUUCAUGCUUUUACUCUUCAAAUUUAGUUGCUGCACAAAUUAAAAUGAUUUGUUAGUUAUUGGUUUAUAACCAAUACAAAUGAUUAGAAAAAUAAUUAAAUUACAAAUUAUUCACAUUUAGUCAUCAAUUGAAGUAAAAAAAAAUUUUUCAUUAUUUUGGUUAUUUUAAUUUUUUUUUUUUAUCCCUUCUAUGGCAUACAAAAUUCAUUUUUUUAAUUUAUUUCAAAAUAAUAACAUUAAAUAUUAAACAAAACAAAUAUAAUAGGUACUUUUGUUUAAAUAUUUUGAUAAAAAUAUAAUAACUAAUAUCUGUUUAUUAUUAAAAAAAAAAAACAAAAAAAAAAAAAAUGUAUAUCCAACAAUAAUAUUAUUUUUUUUAUAAAUUAUUGUUAAAUUGACUUCCACUACAAAAUAUAUAAAAUACUUGAAAUAAAUAAAACUUUAUAAAUAAAUUAUAGAAAUGAAAAAAUAAGUACUCAUAAUAUAUAUACACAAAAUUUACAUUUUUAACGAUUUUUGUUGCAUUUGAAUAACUUUGAAUUAAUAAUUUGUUUUCUUAUAAAAUUGUUUGUGAAAAUCUUAAUCAUAUGUACACACAAAAAUUACCAAGAAAAAUUCAUCAUUAAAAUCCCAAAAAAUAUUAGGAAUUACACUAUUUAGUAGUAUUUCUCUUUUCUCUUUAUAAAGUUAUCCUUUUGUUUUACUAAUAAAGUGUACUCCUAUUUUUUUUUUUACAUAAUAUACCACAUUUUAUGUAAUUAUGUACACAUACACUAGCUAUUUCUAUUGUAUUAAUGUUUUAUUUAACCAAAAUAUGGUUACAUUUAAUGUAAUGUAUGUCCUUAAAAAAGUGCUCAACAAUAUAGACAAGAUUAUUUUUUUAAUAACAAAUUAUGUAAUAUAUAAAUUAAAUUAUGUACAAAACAUAUUUUUUUGAAAAAUUGAAUAUACCUAUAUAAGUUGAUAAAUAUAAUAACUAUGGAAAAGAAGGUAUAAUUAUAAUUUAAAAAUUAAUAAUUAAUAAUACUUAAAAUUGUAUUAAAUAAAAAAGGUAUGAUAAUUAUCUAAAAGAAAUUUAACAAACCUUAUUUAAAUCCACACAUAAUGAAAGUAUAUAUAUAAUAUAUAGUCCUAUAUGUUUUCAUCUGAUUUACAUUUAAAAUAAUUAAUUAGUAAGUCCAUCAUAUUACAUAAAAACUUAAUAUUUAUUUAAUUGUUAGUUUAUCAAUAAAAAAAGCAAUUUCUAUCAACAUUUGAUAGAAAAUAAAACAGUUAAAAAAAUGUUUAAUUGUUUUACAAUUUAAAUUUAGAGCAAUAUCUUAGCAUAUUAAUAAUUUGCAUCUUAUAUCAUAAUCAACUUCAUUCCAGUUAAGAUAUUUAUAUUGGUAGUUAAAGUUAAAAAUUGUUUUAUUUAUAUCAUACUAUUCUAUUGUAUUAUCAUUCAACCGUCCUUAAAUGUUCAUUUUCAAUUUAAACUAUAAAAACCUUGUGAUAUUUUAAUGCCAUGACAUUUUAUAUUAAAUAUAGUUACCUAAUCAUAUUUUUUUAUACAUUUAAUCACCAGUAUUUAUUAAACAAUAUUAUUUUGAUGAUUUUAGUUGUUUUGUAUAUUAAUUUUGAUAAGGUUAAGUUCAGGAGCGUAUUUAGAAAUGUCUUAAGGGGGGGGGGGCACAAACUAAAAGUUCAAAUUUGCGUACAUGGGGCAUAGAAUUGUAAAAUUUCUCAUAUAAUAAAAAUUAGUAUAAAAUACGGUGAAUGGGGGAGGCACGAGCCCAUGUGCCCCUCCCUUAAAUACGCCCCUGGUUAAGUUAUCUAAAUUAAAUAAAUAUUUAAAAAAAAACAUACCAGCAUAACAUCAUUUAUUGUAAAAUAAUAAACAUUUAAACCAUUUUUAAACUAAAUAGGACGUUAAACCUCCCUGUGUUAUCUCUGUCUUACUAACGUAUUUCAAAGCAAAUUUGCGUUUAGCAGAACAUAUAUAUAUAUGUAGUUGUUAGCUUUAAUAUUGGAAUCAAUUUUCCUUUUAUCAAACUUAAAGGUAAGGACAUGUCAUACACUUUUAUUGAUAUUAUCACUUUAAAGUGAGUUUAAAGUAUGUAAAAUAUUACAGCUUUAAAAUGUUCAUAACUCACUUUAAAAUGAUAAUAUCAAUAAAAGCAUGACAUUUCCUUGAUAUAAUUUUUAUCUUUACAUUUUUGAUUUGUAAAUUCACUCUGCUAACAACACAAAAUUGAUUUUGCUAAACGAAAAUUUUCCAUUUUGUAUGUUGGUAAGACAGAGAUAACACAUAUGGAAUAUGGAUAUAAUGUCCUCUUAAGUAUUAAGGUUUUUAAAGUUUAUAAACAUUAUUAUAUUAUUUAUGUAUUUAUUUUAUAGUUUGUACCACUAGAAAUAUUUUUAUAAGUUAGUAUUUUAUUUAUUUAUAUAUGUGCUAUUUUUUUUAUCCAUUUUUAUUUUAUUAACUAUGUAGCAUCAUUUAUGGUUUUCAGAUAUUUGUUACUAGAUAAUUGACAGUAAUUUAUACAUCAUUGUAUGAGUUAUUGAUUUGUCUUUAUAUAUAUAGUAAUAUGUUAUUCAAUGAAAUUAUUAUUUAUUUAUAAAAUAAAAAUAAUUUAAAUUUAA